AUGACCUCCGAGGGCCAGAAUUAUUGUGAAGUCCAAGUUGACCCAUACAUAUGGCGGGACGACCAGGGGUUCUUAAGCCGCCUCAAGCAGCCUGGUAGAGGAAUGUACCACGAUGUCCGCCGACGACUCCCUUAUUACUGGAGUGACUUCAGAGACGGGCUCGCUUAUCGCGUCUUCGCUGGCACGGUCCGCAUCUAUUUCGUCAACUUACUGCCGGCCCUGGCGUUUCAACUUGACAUGCAACACAACACGGGUGGAUUUUUUGGAAUCAACGAGGCCCUCCUCUCUUCAGCGCUUGCUGCCGGCGUCUUCAGCUUAUUCUCCUGCCAACCUUUAACUGUUGUCGGUGUUACCGGUCUCAUCUCCUUGUUCAACUAUACUAUCUACGACAUAGUCAAAAUUUAUGACGCCACUCUAUAUCCGCGCUUUAUGGUUUGGGUUGGCAUCUGGUCCGCGACUUUCCACUGGGCCACCGCGUUACUUAAUAUCUCUGACUAUAUGCGUACCGUCACCGACUUUUCUUCCCAAACAUUCGGCCUAUACGUUGGCACAAUUUACGUUAUCAAAGGCUGUGAAGAGCUAAGUGUCGGAUUCGAAAAUGGCCAGAUCACGAACGGGUUCGCUUCGUCCCUUGUCGCAAUACUAUACUUCCUCACGGUGUAUUUACUAGAGCAAGUCGGACAAACAGCCUAUACGCGCGGGUGGUUGCGUGCAAUUCUCUCAGAUUAUGCAUAUCCAUUAGCCACGAUUUGGUGGACAGGCUUUACUCAUUUCCCCGGAAAUCUCUCCAGAGUUCACUUUGAAUAUUUGCAAACUACGCGGGCGUUCUUUCCGACCAUCGAAAGGCCAUGGGUUGUGGAUUUCUGGACACUACCGACCACCUGGAUCUUUGUUGCAGUCCCUUUUGGCUUCCUUAUGACACUCCUCUUCUACUACGAUCACAACGUCUCUUCUCUCACGGCCCAAGCACGCAAUUUCCCGCUUACGAAGCCGGCUGGAUUCCAUUGGGACUUUUUCCUUCUCGGCUGCACUUGCUUUGUCAGUGGUAUCCUCAAUAUUCCGCUUCCCAAUGGCCUUGUUCCACAGGCACCAGUUCACACCGAUUCCGUCACAUAUUAUGAGGAUACGCCUUACAUCAUCGAGACUGGAGACGAAUCAGAGCCGAUAAUAAUUCGCAAGGAGACCGUGGCCCAAAAAGUGGCAGAGCAACGCGUUUCACAUUUUGUGAUGUGCCUUGCCCUCUUUGGGACCAUGACCGGACCUAUUCUGACUGUCUUAUCCCUGGUACCUAGGGCAAUCAUGAGUGGAGUGUUCUUCACGGUCGGGAUGGGCAGUAUCCUAACGAAUCCGAUAUUGACUCAUAAACUGGCCUUUCUACUCCGUGAUCCGACAUUUCAACGCCCUUCAGAUCCGCUAAAUUCAGUACCGCGCCGCCAAAUUUGGCAUUACCUGUCUUGGCAGUUCCUAGGAUUUUCUACCACCGUAGCCAUUAGCCAGACAAUUGGGGCUAUUGCGUUUCCUAUCUUGAUUGUGGCCCUGAUUCCGCUUCGUUGGGAGAUCCUUCCUCGUUUCUUCACUGCUCAAGAAUUGGAAGCCAUGGAUUGUCUCACCGCAACCGGGGACGUCGUGUUGGUUUCCUUAGGAGGUAAGCCAGAAAUGCCAGAGACAAAGGUGGAGAAAAUAAGGCAAUACCGCCCACAUGAUGACGCCGAGGCCGGAGUUGCAGGCCUUGGGGGUGGCAUGAUUAGAGAAGAUGAAGGGGACAUUCGACGAAGGGAAGAACGCGAAAGGAAUUCGCGCCUUCUUCGAGGCAUCGGCUAUGAUGGGGGAGCCAUCACAAGAAGGAGAUCUAGUGUCGUCUCAAGAGAAGACUCUGAAAGCUGUCCAAGGCGCCAUGCUAUCCGGUCCAUGUCAUCUCACAGGUCACCAGCCCCCUCCCACAGACGAGAAACAAGUUCUUCAGCCGCCGAACUCGGCAGGGAUAGCAUAUCCCUUGCGAGAACCAGACGCAAUACGAGUGUCAGUGCGAAAGGCGAUGACGCUUCUGGAGCUGAUGCACUAAACGACGUCAAUGAACUUCGCCGUACUCGCUCUCUGCCAAAAGAAGCUCCUGCCGGAGAAGACGACUCGAUAUGA